CUCCUUCACUGCUCAUUUCAAGCUUCUGUGGUCAAGAAAUGUCUUCCUGUUCGAAGCUGCACGGAAGUCCUUUUCUUUAUUUUGUUUAUGGCUUCUUAUAGCUAUUUUCGCAUACCCAGAUUACUUACUACGGCACUUUGGUCUUAAAAUUACCGAUCGAUUGAGAUUUUAUCGGAUUACAUGUUAAUACCCGUAGGUUGGAUUGAAAAAUUGUGUUCUCUAUAAAAUUCCCAAAGCCCCGAGGGACCUCGCGUUUCUUCGAGUGUGAUUAGCGAAUCUGUCGCCCGAGAUUAUACAAGACCCGUUGUAUAAGGUACACAAUUACAAUGUUUUUUAUGUACUAGAGAUCGAGUGUGGACCGAGGACUGAAUAUUUUGCGAUCAGGGACUUCUAAUGCUUCAAUCAAGAGUUUCACCAUUAAUGGCGGACAUGAAUUCAGACGAGAAUUAUUCUGACGCUAGUAUUGGCAACGGGUCCACGUCGAAUGGUACGGAUUGGGAGAAGCAAAUGCUUCAGGCUUUACAGGACACAGCACCACCAGAACCUAUAAGACUUGCUUGCAUGAAACCCGUGCCGAACAGACCUGGUCAUUUCGGAGAAGAAUUCCAUGGCAAGAUUUCACGUGAGCAAGUUGUCGAGCUGCUCACAGGCGCGGGAGGUACAGUCAAUGGACGAUUCUUAGUUCGAGAAAGCUUAUCAGCUCCCGGAGAUUAUAGUUUGUCUUUAACAUUUGGUGGUGAAGUUGAACAUUACCGGCUAUUUUACAUAGAUGGGAUGUAUUCAACAAGUAAGACAGAUGAAAAGAGGUUUCCAAACAUUGUUGACUUAGUUGUUGACAUAUUAGAAUUGCAAAGGCGUUUAGUUCAUGCAGAGAAACCGCCUUCCAUUGAUAAUAAAGACAUCCGAAAGAAAUCUAAUCCUAAAGUAUCAGUGCAUGAUUUCAAAACGCAUGACUACAAACAGCCAAAAUGGUGCGAUAUCUGUGGCAAGUUUAUGUGGGGAUUGAAAGGUCAGGGAUUAAAAUGUGCUACCUGUGGUAUGAAUAUACAUCAGAAAUGUCAUAAGGACGACUCUAGACCAUGUGUCCCUCCUCCACCCAAGGAUAAAAACAAACCAAGAAAAAAGAGCAGUGUUGGAUCACCAAGAGACUCCACAAUUUCAGUUGAAACAUUUAGAACUCAGUGUUACUAUCAGGAGAGCUGCGUGCACUUCCUUCAGCAUCUAGAACUGCCUGUUAGUUUAUUUGAUGUUACAGCACUAAGUCCAUGCUAUUGUGAUCACUGCUGUCAAGAGGUAGAAACGCCGCUUUACAAAAGUGGUGAUCCUGCUCGCGAGUACUCUAUACCAAUGGGUUGGUGCAGGUUCCAGCUUGCGGCAUCUGACAAACCCCCUGUUAACACAUGCUCCUGGAAUAUGGCAUUUAUGUCGCUAAAACCAAGUGAUGUUAUAGAUGUUCUUCAGACAAAGUUUCAAUCAGAGCCUGAAAAUUCCGGCCCUGAGAUGGGUAAUUCACUCACUAAAUUAACACCUUCAAUUAUCUGUGCUGAUCUGGACUCUGAGAAGCUGAGAUACACGGAUCCAGAGAAUGACAGCAAGAGGGCAGGUCAGAUUGUGCUACAGGUUUACAUCCAACCAUUCUCAUAUAGACUUAUGGGCAGAGUUGGUUCUGUGGAAGAAAUAGACCCUUUCUUCAAGAAGGAUUCUAUUUACUGGGUCACCAGUCAAAUGUGUUAUGUUGUACCAUUUGCUUUGCUUGUGAAAAUUAUGGAUGCUACCUAUCUGCAAAUAUAAAGCUUUAUUUUAAAAAAACAAGCCUCCAGGACCUAAAGAUGGAGUGGAUAUGGUGUAGCAAGAAAAUGUUAACUACAUAGUUAGUUUAAAAGGAAGUUGCAUAGUGUUUCAUGUUAAGGAAAUUUGCUUAUAGUAAGCUUGUCAGGUUUCCUGUUUAUGUGUAAUUUUAAAACCGUGGCAGUGAUUUCAGUUUUUAUUUCAGCUCUUUCAGUCUGUCAUUGAAAUUUUGAUCAGGUAUGACAGGAAAUAUUGUUUUGUAAGCUUAAGGUUUUGUCCUUUGAAAGUGUAUAUUUCUAUCCAUCUACAUUUCAAUUGGUGCCACUCUUCUUAUCAUACCAGAUUUUAAUACUCUUGUCAUGUAUGGCAUCACCCAUUCAAAAUAUGGAGGAAAUAGAGGCUCAGACGUUUUAUGGAAUUGAUGUGAAAAAGAUCAAUAACACUUCCGGAAAACAAUGGUAGUUUGAUGGUCCGGUGCAGCGAUGGGUAGAUGCUAAGAAUAUAUAAAUAUUUAGACUCAGUGAUAGGAAAUAUAUAUUUAUUAAUUCUGGAAAAAAACAAGGUGUGAAACUACUGUGAAUGGUUGUUGAAA